AGUCCAAGCUUGGCCAUGGACUCUGAGUAUGAGGUUGGCCAUGUCCGCAAGCUCCAGGCUCGGCAUGCACAGAUGCAGAAGAAGACCUUCACCAAGUGGAUCAAUAACAUCUUCCGACUAGGCCGGGUGGGCAUCAGGAUCCAGAACUUAUACACAGAGCUUGCUGACGGGGCCCACCUACUGCGGCUGUUGGAGCUUAUCUCUGGGGAAGCCCUACCAGCACCCAGUCCAGGCCACCUGCGAGUACACUUCCUGGAAAACAACAGCCAUGCACUGGCCUUCCUCAGAGCCAAGGUGUCCAUACCCUUCAUCGGGCCAGAGAACAUUGUGGAUGGAGACCAGUCCCUCAUCCUGGGCCUCCUCUGGGUCAUUAUUCUGCGGUUCCAGAUUUCCCACAUCUCCUUGGACAGGGAGGAGUUCGGGGCCAGUGCAGCUUUGCUAUCUGCCAAGGAAGCACUGUUGGUGUGGUGCCAGCGGAAGACAGCCAGCUACGGCAAUGUGGACAUCACUGACUUCUCCCGAAGCUGGAGUGACGGUCUUGGGUUUAACGCCCUCCUCCACGCUCACAGGCCUGACCUGCUGGAUUAUAGCUCACUGAGCCUGGAUCACCCUCUGCACAACCUCUCCUUUGCCUUUCGCGUGGCUGAGCAGGAGCUAGGCAUUGCCCAGCUGCUGGACCCUGAAGACGUGGCAGCCCAGCAUCCAGACGAACGCUCCAUCAUGACCUACGUGUCCCUGUACUAUCACUGUUUCUCCCGCCUGCACCAGGGGCAGACGGCCCAGAGGAGGCUGGCUAAGAUCCUGCUGCAGUUGCAGGAGACAGAGGUCCUACAGGCUCAGUAUGAGCAGCUGGUGGCUGACCUGCUCUGCUGGAUCACAGCAAAGCAGAGGCAACUGGAGGCUCGGGACUUCCCAGAUUCUCUGCCUGCCAUGCGCCACCUACUGGCAGCCUUUGCCUCCUUCCACACCCAAGAAAAGCCACCUCGGCUGCAGCAACGAGGGGUCACAGAGGCCUUGCUCUUCCAGCUGCAGACAACACUCCGAGCCCAAAACCGAAGGCCCUUCCUACCUCGAGAGGGCCUGGGCCCGGCAGAGCUAGCCCAGCGAUGGGCCGAGCUGGAGCGGGCAGAGGCCUCCAGGAGCCAGGCCAUGCAGCACAGGCUGCUCCAGCUGGAGCGACUGGACACUCUGGCCCGCCGCUUCCAGUGCAAGGCAGCUCUCCGGGAAAGCUUUUUAAAUGAUGCAGAGCAGAUGCUGGACCAGGCCAGAGCCUCCCUCACCAACCCAGGCACAGUGGAGGCGGCCACUCAGAGGCUGAGCAUGCUGGAGGCUGGUGUCCUGCCUCAAGAAGGGCGUUUCCAGGCCUUGGGCGAGAUUGCAGACAUCCUCCAACAAGGACAGUAUCACAGCUGGGCAGAUGUGGCCCGCAGGCAGAAGGAGAUCAACGGACGCUGGCAGAAGCUCCUGCAGCGUCUACAGGAGCAGAGGAAACAGAUGGCAGGCACACAGGAUGUGCUGUCCCUGCUGCAGGAAGUGGAGGCUGCCUCCGAGCAGCUUGGGGAGCUGCAGGAGUUGGCCAGCUCCACAGCCUGUGGGCACCAGCUGGCAGAAGCAGUGUUGCUGCUGCAGAGGCAUGACCUGCUGGAGGCCCAGGUCUCAGCCCACAGGGCCAACAUAAACCGUCUUGCCCAUCAGACGGCACAGCUGGACUCCUCCCAGGGUACCAGUGUGCAGAUGCUGCAGGCUAAGGCCCUGGCAUUGGCCGAGCUCUACCACAGCCUGGUAUCUCUUGUCAGAGCCCGACGAGCCCUGCUGGAGCAGACCCUGCAGCGGGCACAGUUCCUGCACAGCUGUGAGGAGGAGGAGGCCUGGUUGCGGGAGCAUACACAGCUAAUGGAGAGGCCAGCACUAGGUCGGGACCUCGCUCUGAUUGCUACCGCUCUGCAAAAACACAAGGCUCUGGAAACUGAACUCCAUCGCCACCAGGCUGUGUGUGCAGAUCUCAUGCAGAGGGGACGCAACUUCAGUGUCAGAGGGCCCCCAACACAGCCAGAUCCUCUGGAAAGGGCCGAAGCGGUUCAGGGAACGUGGCAACUGCUUUGGACUGCAGCCACAAGGAGGCGCGCCCGGCUGCAAACGGCGCUGCUCGUUGGGCAGUACUUUUCUGACUUGGCCGAGGUGGUUUCUUGGCUUCUCCUGCGGCAGAAGCAACUGGAAAGUGCGUCCUGCGGGAAGGACCAGACGGACGCCGAGGUCCUGUUGCAGAGCCACCAGCGCCUGGAGCAAGGCGUGCUCGCCUUUAGGGUGGAACUGCGUGAGCUGGAGGAUCAGGCCCAAGCUGUUGCAGCCCUGGUGGCACUCACGGUGCGCUGGGGAUCAUGGGAAGGAGCUAGACUCGUGCCUCCUACACUAAAUGAGGAACCUCCAGAAGAUUGGAAAAGGCUUAACGAGAUUGGAAGACCUCAGGGUGAGACUCACGUUUUAGUACCACCAGGCAGCCAGUAUCCACCCCAAAAGAUGCCCUUCUCCUCCAGAGAUACAAGCCUGAAUACCCAGGAGCUGAAGGACUUGGGGAGCAGCCAGCACAGGAUGCCCAUCAUCCGCAGCAUAGAGAACAUACCCCAGGUGGUGCCGGCCCUGGGCCUUCUGGGGGAAGAGCCAAGGAUGGCCCUCCAGACCGAAGACCCAAGGAUGGCCCUCCAGACCGAAUAUGACUUUGACUUCAACUCCAACUCCAUACUCCAGGCUCAGGCUCACUUGAGCCAGAGCUAUGAGAACCUAAGGGCCCUGGUAAAGCUUCACAGGGCCCGACUAGAGGAGGCAGUAGCUCUGUUUAGCUUCCACAGCUCCUGUAGGGAGCUCCAGUCCUGGCUGGAAGAGCGGACAGCCCAGUUCCAAACAUUACAUCCCCAGUGUCACAACUUAGAGGCCACACAGCUCAAAUAUGAGGACCUUCUCGUGACCUUAGCCACUGGAAAAGGCCGCUGGGCUGAGGUCAUCAGCACUGCUGAACAACUGAAGCAGAGAUGUCCAGGACACAUGUGGAAAAUCCAACAACAACAGGAAGACCUGGGUCUGAGGUGGCAGGAGCUGGAGACCCUGAAGGAGAAGAAAGGCCUGCAGCUGGCACACAGCACAGAGGUGUGCAGCCUUCUACAGGAGUCUGAACCUGCACGCGCCCAGCUGCUAGAUAUGAUGGGCAGGCUGGAGGCUCUGGGGCCAGGAGGCUCUGGGGACAGUCAGCACAGCCUGCAGCAGACCCAGCAGAAGGUCCUGAUCCUGGAGAAGAAGAUCUCUUACCUCCAAAGGGCAACCAUAGAGGUGGCGGAGUCGGGUCCCUCAGAGAGCUGGCUGCUUCAGGAGCAGGUGCUGACGCUGCAGGUGCUGCUAAAGCAAGUGCAAGGGCGAGUGGCCCAGCAGGUCCAGGUACAGACUGAGGCUCGAGUCCAGCAAGGCAUCCUACAAGAGAGCCAGAAGCUGCUGCGAUGGGCGGAGGGCAUCCGGACUCGACUGUGCAGCGGAGAGGAGCUGGAGGAUUCGGUCUGGGCCCAGCAGCUGCUGAGGACACAUGAAGCCUUACAGGAAGAGACCCACCUGUGGGAAGAGAGGGUGCAGCAACUGGAGGCUCAGGGUCAGCUGAUGGCGGUCUCAGACUCCCCACAGUGCCAAGAGGUGGCCAGUGCCCUAAGACUCUUAGGCCAGCAGGGCCAGCAGCUGAAGGCUCUGUGGGAGCAGAGAUGGCAGAAGCUCUGGGAAGGCCUGGAGCUGCAGAGGUUUGGCCAAGAAGUGGAUGGUUUCAUUGCCACCUGUGCCAGCCAUGAGGCCUCACUGUGCCUGGACAAUCUUGGGGAGGAUGUAAGGGAGGCCCAGAGCUUGCUGCAGCAGCACCAGGGCUUAGCGUGGCUCCGCAGCACCCUGGGAUCUCGGGCAGAGGCCCUGCAGGCGCGUGGUGAGAAGCUGCUUCUGAGCCAACACCCUGCUGUGCACAAGAUCAGAGAGCUGCUGCACAGUGCCCGGGCACAGUGGACCAGAGUCCAGGAGAGGAGUGAGCAGAGAGGGACACAGCUGCUGGCUUCCCUCCAAUUGCAGGAAUGGAAACAGGCUGUGGCAGAGCUAAUGCUGUGGAUGGAGGAAAAGUGGCCCAGGGUGGCGGAUGAACCCUCCCAUCCAUGCAGCAACAUUCUGCAGAAACUCCAGUGGCACGAAAUAACUAAGACCGAGCUAUUAGCCAACCAUGGGUACAUGGAGGCCACACAGCAGGCUGGGAGAGAACUGUUGCAUAGCCACCCAUAUGCACAGGAGGACAUACAGGACAGACUUCAAAGCUUGACUCAGAGAUGGAAAGAACUGAACCACAAGAUGGCAGAGUGAGAGGACGGGCUGCAGCAGAACAGACAGCAGGACCAGCUCCUAGAGCUGCUGAAGGAUGUCAAGGAGAUGAUGGAGCAUCUGGAAAGAGCCCUACAGAGUACAGAAGUGGGGCAAGACCCGUGGUCCAGCCUGAGGCUACAGAAACAGCACUGCCAACUAGAGGACAAGAGCCAGGCACUGGCCAGCAAGAUGGCUGCCCUCAUCUCUCAGACCCACAAUGCAUCAUUCACUUCCUUGACCAUCCUGGAGGAGAGCCAGCAGUGUCACCAGAGGUUUGAGUCCCUGCAGAGCAAGCUGGCCACCCGACAACUGCAACUGGAGGCCUCGGUUGAGCUGUUCCAGUUUAACAUCCUUAGCGACCUGGGACUCACAUGGGUGGCUGAGCAUAUGCCCAGUGCCAGGCCCACCUGCCCUGCCCAGUGCUGGCAUGAUGCCCAGAGCCUUCAACGCAAGCACAAGGUACUCCAGGCGGAGGUGAACGCUCACGCAGGGCACGUGAACAGGGUGCUAAGUUCUGGCCAGAGCCUAGCCACCUCUGGGCACCCCCAAGCUCAGCAGAUCAUGGAGCAGUGCCAGAAACUGGAAGGCAGCUGGGCAGAACUGGAGCAGGCAUGUGAGGCACGUGCCCAUUGCCUGCAGGAGGCCGUCACUGUCCAGCAGUACUUUACAAAUCUGUCAGAAAUAGAGGCCUGGGUGGAGGAAAAGCGGCCUCUGGCAAGCAGUCAGGACUACGGCAGCGAUGAAGAAACCACUGUUGGGCUCAUUAGGAAACACCAGAUGCUGCAGCAGGAAUUGGCUCUUUAUUGGAGCAACAUGGAGGAUCUCAAGCAAAGAUUCCAGACCCUUGCUGCAUUUGAGGCCUCUGAGCAACUGGGUGUGGUGCGGGCACAGCUGCAGGCACUACAGACACUGGCAGACGCACGGGGUCGGGAGCUGGAGGGGACGCUGAGACUACACGAGUUCAUGAGAGAAGCUGAGGACCUGCAGAGCUGGCUGGCAAGCUGGAAGCAGGUGGCCAGAGGAGGGGACAGCUUUGGAGACGACCAUGAACAUGUGCUGCAACUUUGCACUAAGUUUGCAAAGUUUCAGCACCAGGUUGAAACUGGUGCCCAGCAAGUAGAAGCCUGCCAACAGCUGGCAAAAAAACUGCUAGAGCGUGGGUACAGUGCUGCCCCCAAGGCCCACCAGAGGCAGCAGGAUCUACAGACUUCCUGGUCCGAACUGUGGCAAUUGACCCAUGCCCAAGGCCGCCUGCUCCAAGAUGCAGAACGCACACUCAGAGUUCACAGAGACCUUCUAGAAGUCCUCACCCAGAUUCAGGAGAAAGCUACAAGCCUCCCUGAUGAGGUGGCCCAGGACUUACAUGGGCUAGAGAACCAGCUGCAGAGACAGGAGGGGCUAGAACGUGAGCUGGCAGGCAUGGAACAGCAGCUGAAGGCACUGCUGAAGGCUGGAGGCACGGCGCAGAAGCUGCAUCCAGGGCUUCAAGCCCUCCCUACUGUCCAGCAAAAGCAGCAGGCUGUGACACAGGCCUGGCAGGCCCUCCAGUUGCGCGUGGAGCAGCGCAGGGCCCGGUUGGAGCGAGCACAUCUCCUGGUCCGAUUCCACACAGCGGUGAGGGACUACACCUCCUGGGGAGCCCGCAUGCAUCAGGAGCUGCAGGCAGAGGGGGACUCCUGGGAGCCCAGCAGCAGCCUGUUCAAGCUCAGAGCCCACCAAUACCUGUGGGCAGAACUGGAAGCCAAGGAGGAGCUGCGGGAAUGGGCCACUAAGCUGGGCCAGCAGGCCCUGCUGGCUGCAGAGAUACCCACUAAGGAGGUUGAGGAUGGGCUGCAAGCCCUGCAGCAGGAACGUGACCAGGUGUUCAAGGCCUGGACACUCAAGCAAGAGAGGCUGCGGGCCAUGCUUGAAGAACAGCGCCUCCUUAGACAGUGUGAUCACCUGGCGAAGAUCCUCACAGCCCAGGAGGCAUUCCUAAAAGCCAGUGCCCAAGGGAGCUCAGUGGAAGAAGUGGAGCAGUUGAUCCGCAAGCACGUGAUCUUCCAGAAAGUGCUAGAUCUCCAGGACAAGAAGGAGACAGCUCUGCAUGAGCAGUUGAAAAGGACCCCAAGCCCUAAGGGGCAGAAGCUGGUUUGCCACCUGCUGGAGCGUCGGGCUCAAGUGAAGGCACUGGCAGAGAGCCGGGCACAGGCCCUGCACACCUCCCUGCUGAUAGCCAACUUCACCAGGGAGGCGACCCAGGUUGAGGACUGGAUCCAGGAGCGCAUCCAGCAACUGGGAGCCUGGAGCCCUAGUGGGAACCUAAAAGAUUAUCUGAAGCACCUGAAGAAACACCAGGCCUUCAGGGCUGAGGUCCAGGCCCAUGAGCAGGUCAUGACCUCUGUUGCCAAGCAAGGUGAAGGGCUCCUCAGACAGAGCCACUGUCAGGCCACAGAGGUCUCCCAGAGGCUGGAGACCCUGUGGGACUUCUGGGAGAAGCUGAGGCAGGCCGUGACCAGGCAGGGCCAGGCCCUGGAGGACAGAUGCAACUUCCUGGAGUUCCUACAGCGAGUGGACCUUGCAGAGGCCUGGAUCCAGGAGAAGGAGAAGAUGGUGAGCUGCGCUGAUGUGGGCCUGAACCCUGAGCACUGCCUACAACUCCUCAGGCAGGUCCACAAGUUACAGGUCACAGCGGAUGACACCUACAUCCGGAGAAUCAAAAACUUGUCACCACAGCUCAAGAACCAGAGCCCUGAGGAAUCUCAGACAAUCUGCCAGCGGCAAAAACAGCUCAACAAUAGGUGGAAGAGUUUCCAUGGCAACUUGGUCCUCUAUCAACAUCGGCUUGAAGCAGCCCUGGAGAUACAUACAUUGUCCAGUGAACUGGACAGUGUCACUGAGCAGAUCAGGGAGAAGGAAUCCCGGAUCCAGGCCUUGGAGGGCACAGAAGAUUUGGAGAAUGUGCAGACGUUGUCAUGGAAACAGAAAAGGCUGCAGCAGGAGAUGGGCCUCAUACAGACUCACAUGGAGUCUCUUGAGGGUAAGGUUGGCCGCCUCUACAAGGAAAGUCCAGAGGUUACACACAGCCUCAGCCAUAAGCACCAAGAAAUGAUGGGUAGCUGGUGGAAGGUCUGGAGCAGAGCCCAGAACAGGAAGGAGUCGCUGGAUGUGGGCCAUGAGGUUCAGAAGCUCCAGACUCUGCUGCAGGAUCUGAUGGACUGGGCGCAGGGACUGCAGGCUGAGAUGAACGUGCGAGGUGCCCCCUGCAGCCCUGUGAGAGCCCUAGAAGAGCACCAGGCAUAUAGGGUUGAGCUGGACAUCCGAAAAGGCACCCUUAGCCUGGCCCAAAGCAUGGGACAGCGGCUGCUGGCAUCUGUACACCCACUGGCCUCUGGGAUUCGUCAGCCCCUGGCUGCUGUGGAGCACGAGUUGGGUAGCUUGCAGGAAGCGUGGCAGAGGCGGUGGCAGCAGCUGCAGCAGGUCGUGGAGCAGCAGCUGUUUCUGAGCUCCGUGGAAAAGGCAGAGCGCUGGCUUGACAGUGCGGAGGCCUCCCUAGCUAGUGAGGAAGUGGCGGACCCCUUGGCCACCAUAGAGACCCUUCUGUCGAGGCACAAGAGGUGUGAGCAGAGCCUGAAGGCACAGGCUGAAAAGAUCAGUGCACUGGAGGCCACAGCCCACAGCCUGCACCAGGGUGGACACCCCGAGGCCCACAGCAUCCUGGACAGGUGCCAGGCCCUACUCCUGAGGACAGAUGCACUCACAGAGCGGGUGAGGGCCCAGGGACACCAGCUGGAGGAGCUGCAACAGCUGAGGACAUUCUUGCAGGAUUCCAAUGAGGUGGCUGAGUGGCUGAGGGAGAAGAACCUGGUGGCUCUGGAUGAGGCUCAGCAGGACCCAACUGCGAUACAAACACAGUUGCAGAAGCAGCAGCUUUUCCAGGCUGAGCUGGAUGCAGCUGCUCACCAGCAGCAGGAGCUACAGAUGGAGGGGCAGAGGCUGCUACAAGGGGGCCACCCGGCAUCAGAGACCAUCCAGGGGCGACUGCAAGAACUAGAGGGCCUCUGGGCUGAGCUGCAGGCCAACUGCCAGAGGAAGAUGGCCAGGUUACAGGGGGCCUGCAAGGCCCUACAUCUGCAGAGGAUGCUGGAGGAACUCGAGCGCUGGCUGGAGCCCACGGAAGCACAGCUGAGAGCCCCUUCCAGAAGCCAGGACCUGCCUCAGGUGGACGAGCUCCUGGGCGCCCAGAAGGAGCUGGAAGCAGCUGUGGAUAGGCAGGCCAGGCAAGCGCAGGAGCUGCAGGGCCAGGCCCAUGACUGCUUCCGAGAAGGCCACUGCCUCGCCAAAGGUGUGGAAGAGCAAGCCCAGCAGCUGCUUCACAGGCUCCAGAGUCUUCAGGAGACCCUACAAGAGCGCAGGGCAGCCCUGGAAGCCCAGGGUCUCCUUUUACAGUUCUUCAGGGAUGCCGAUGAGGAAAUGGCCUGGGUUCAGGAGAAGCUGCCCUCGGCCACAGCCCAGGACUAUGGCCAGAGCCUCAGCUCUGUACGGCACCUGCAGGAGAAACACCAGAAUUUGGAGAAUGAGAUCAGUAGCCAUAAUGCUCUGAGCCAGGCGGUGAUAGGAACAGGGCAAAAGCUUAUACAGGCUGGACACUUUGCCGCCAAAGAGGUGGCCGCCCGGGUGCAGCAGCUGGAAGUGUCUCUAGACCAUCUGCAGACAGAGGCUGCACAGAGAAGGAGAAGGCUGCAGCAGGCCCUGGAGGUCCAGCAGCUUUUCAUGGAGCUCCUAGAAGCAGGGUCCUGGCUAGCUGAACGGGGCCAUAUUCUGGACAGUGAGGACCUCGGCCAGGAUGCUGAGGCCACACAGGCUCUUCUGCGGCGCCUGGAGGCCACCACAAGAGACUUGGAGGGGUUCAGCAGUCGCAUUGAGCGGCUGAAGCAAACGGUGGCCCUUCUAGAGAGCGGGCAAAACCCAGGCAGUGCCAGGGUGCUGGCCCAGCUGCAGGCUGUGAGAGAGGCCCAUGCACAACUGCUGCAGAGGGCAGAGGGCAGGGGGCAAGCGUUGCGUGAGCAGCUGCACCUACACCAGCUGGAGCAAGAGGCCUCGCUCCUGAAUGCCUGGCUAACCACCAAGGUGGCUGCCGCCGAGUCCCAGGACCAUGGACAGGACCUAGAAGGCAUCAAGGUGUUGGAAGACAUGUUUGGUGCUUUCAGCAGAGAAGUCCAGAGCCUGGGCCAGGCCAAGGUGCAGGCCCUGAGGGAGCUGAUGGCUCCCUUAGAAAGAGGAGUGCCCAGGUUCUAUCCCCAGAUUCAAGCCCAGAAGUGUCGUGUCCAGGCCACCUGGGAGAGGCUGAACAAGGCAAUCAAAGUCCGUACAGAGAACCUGGCUGCAGCCCGUGAGCUCCAGAGCUUUGAGCAGGCAGCCUCAGAGCUCCAGGGUUGGAUGCAGGAGAAGGCGACCCUGCUAGAGGAAACGUUUCAUGUCCAUAGCCUGUCGUCUGCACAGCUCAUGGAGCAGCAGCAGCAGCAGCAGCAGCAGCAGCAGCAGCAGCAUAGGUGCCUACAGAGAGAACUGACAGCUGUUGAAAAAGAAGUGACAAGAGUACAGACGGAGGCCCAGCGGCUCGGCCAACACUACCCUGUGGCUAAGGAGAGCCUUGAUGAGUGGCUCACCAAGGUGCAGGGGGCCUGGGCCAACCUGCAGGCUAAAGUCGAGGAAUGGAGCCAGAAGCUGUUGCAAGCUACUCGGGGCCACACCUUUCUUGGUCGCUGUCGGGAAUUGAUAGCCUGGGCUCAGGAGAAACAGGAGCUGCUUUCCUCAGAGGAGCUGAGUGGGGAUGCCAUGGGGGCUGAGCAGUUCCUUGAGCAGCACGGGGAGCUAGACCAAGAAAUCCAGGAAUGCUGCCUUCAGGGCCAGAACAUACGGCAGGAAGGGCAGCAGCUGUUAGACAACGGCCACUUCAUGCCCCUGGAGGUGGCAGAGUGUCUGCAGGGGCUGGAAAGACAUCUGCAGGAGCUUCAGGUGGCUUGGGCCCUGCACAGGCAACACUUUGAGCAGAACUGGCGCCUGAGGCAGCUGCUCCAGAAGCUGGAGCUGGCUGAGGCCUGGCUGGCUUCCCGGGAGGGCCUGCUGCUAGACCCCAGCUGUGGGCACUCCGUGUCGGACGUGGAACGUCUGCUCUGCAGAUAUGAGGACUUUGAAAAGCUACUGGCAGCCCAUGAGGAGAAGUUCAUCCAGCUCCAGACUGAGGAGGUGAAGGACACUCAUGUCAUGGAGGGGUCUUUGGAACUUAAGCAGCAGCCUCCCUCAGGAGAGAGGCAGCCCAGUACCAGUUUCUGGAACAGCAGCCAUGGGACCUUGGCAAGGAACUCCCCCCCCCCCGCUCCACCCCCCCCCCCCGGCCUGUUCUCAGAUAGGAGGAGGGCAGAAGCACCAGGUGGCACUGGGGAGCUGCCUUACAUUGCCUGCCUUGUGCCUGAGGGAACUGAGUGGAAGAGGCUGGAGGACAGAAAGGAGGCGGUCUCCCCAAGGUGAGGACUGCAGGCCUGGCUUCUGACAGCAAGCUUGGCUCAGGUCCGGUGUGGGAAUCGGGGAGUUGAGUAGGGCCUGUUUGGGAGGCAGGCUGAGCAGCAGAGCUGAGGUCUGCUUGAAGUCCUGUCUGAAAAGAAGGCUGCAAACUGACC